AUUUUUAUUUUAUUUCUUAUAUCAUUGAAAUUACAUUAAUUUUCUGUUUUUUCUUUAAAUAUAUAUAUAUACAUUUGCUUUGUACAUUUUCACAAGUCAUGUCGAGAAUAUCCAUGAAUUAAGGGCCAUUCUAAGCGGAUUUCACUUGCACGCUCUGGCUUCUGAAAGUCACAAUAAGAGUCCCAAUCUACUGGAGUGGAUAGAAUCCGAAAAAGACGGACAGCCUCCGUGUGUGAUGGUAGUAAUGGAUUUACUUGACCUCCAGCUCUCGAGUGAUCUUGCUCAGUCUGGUACAAAGGACCAGGGAACUGCGACAGUGACUGGCGAGGUGUACCUACCAGAGACAAGCGGACAAAUGAAUGCUGAUCCUAAACGAUAUCUUCAAAUCAAAUUGGCAGGUCUGAGUCAUACACUUGCUGCAUUGGAAGAAUCUCGUCACUAUUUAAACGGUUACUACAGGCAACGAUGGGAAACCAAUUUAGGCUUUUCGGAUUACCGAGAGACUGAUCUCCUGGUGACCAGUAAAGAUAGUACUGGGGUACUUGAAGAUGAUGAACAGACUGAUUUGACUAGUGAAGAGAAAAUAGGCUGGAAAAAUAUUCAUCGCGUCUUAUUGUAUUAUAUCGAACAAGUUAUUUAGGG